AUCAAACUCUAGGAACUCCUUGGAGGCGUACACUGGACCAUUGUCAGUCUUAAUCUACCUAGGGAUCCCCCACACUGAAAAGGCUUGCACCAGGUGCUGUUUGGCAUGCACAGCCCUUUCCCCUGCGUGGGCAGAGGCAUAAACCGCACCUGAAUAUGUGUCUAUGCUGACAUGCACAUAUUUUAGGCGACAAAAACUGGGAAUGUGUGUGAUAUCCAUGUGCCAUACUUUGCAACUCCCAAGGCCAUGGGGGUUAACCCCAACACCAAGUGAUGGCAUGGCCUGGAGCUGGCAAUUGGGACAGGUGGCCACAAUGGCCUGAGCCUGACUCUGUGUUAACUAGAACUGACGAAUUAGACCUGGUACAUUUUGAUGGUAUUGUUGGUGACUUAGCUUUGCCUGCUGGAAGAUGUCCGGAAGGCAUGCCAUUCCUGCUGGGGCGGCAAGGGAAUCUGCUUUGCUAUUACCUUCUGCGAUCUCACCUGGCAAAUCAGUGUGUGACCUCACGUGCAUCACAUAGAACAGAUGCUACUGCUGCAAAACUAAAUAAAUUAGUUUUGAAAGCAGCCUGAAGAGAUGCUUGUCCUCAAUGCCUUUUAGAACUGCCUGCUUCGCCCUGGACACUACUCCCACCACGUAGGCUGAAUUGGUAACCAAGUUAAUUGGCUCGAAGAACUUCUCAAAGGCUCUCACAACUGCAGCCAGUUCAGCAACCUGGGGCGAUCCCUCCACAAACUCAACAUCAGCUUCCCAAUGCUGAGUCUGGGGAUUUCUCCAAGUCAUCACUGACUUGUGGGAUGCCCCAGAUGCAUCAGUGAACACUGUAAGCGCUUUGAGUGGCCUAUGACUCCUUAUCUUCAAGAGCAAUGAGGUGGGAUUCCUCGUUAAACAGUUUGUGUGAUGGGACGUGGACUGGUACCUGUCCACUGUAGCUGUCCAGACAUAGCUGGAGACUGGCAUUGCUCUGGAGCAGGUGCUCGAGCAUCUCCUUGGUCAACCUCUCGGAAGAGUUCCUUCCCUCCUUAGAGAGUUUAACCAGGAGAUGAAUACAUGAAAAGUCACAUCCAGCCAGCUCAUGCAGUCUUACCCUGGCCUUCUGGAUCAGCUGAGCUAUCAGCUCCUGUGGCUGUGUAAUGGUUUUGGAUCGCUGAUGGGAGAGAAAAACCCAUUCUAUGAUUAAAAGUGAAUAUUUUUGUUCUUCAGACGACUGGAAUAUCAACCGUGUAUGUAUGGUAACUUUCCUAAAACAAUGAAUUGGAAAGGCAGCUCGGGCUGAUAACGAUGAGCCUGCCUCUCGGACAAAGCCUUCUGCACUUUUUGGAGGGCGGUUUUUACCUCUGGGGUCAGUUCUAUGGGAGAAGCCAGCUCUCUCUCCCCUUUCACUAAAUUGAGGAGGGGAGCUAGGUCCUCAUUGGAGAGCCCCAGCCAAGGCCUGACCCAGUUUAAAGACCCACACAGGGAAUGGAGAUCUGCUAGGGUUUUGGGAUCACUCUUAAUUUCCAAUUUCUGCAGAACAACAGCCCGCCCAGUGAUCUCUAAGCCCAGGUACUUUGAAGGUGGCAUCCAUUGAACCUUGUCUUCCUGCAUUUGGAAUCCAGCAGAGGUUAAAACUUUAACCACUAGGUCAAGUGUGUCUUGGAGUGUUAUGUCAUUGGGUGUUGUGAUGCAUGGUUCAUUUGGUUUGUUCAGUUUCCCCCUAAAGCUAUAAUGAUUCGGUCCUGGGGUCCCCCCCUGGCAACCCCUCCUUUUGAGAGUGUCAAUCUGUUGUCUCCUCCCCUGUUCCCCUGGUUACCCUCUGUCUAUCCCUCCCCGAGUUCCUGUCCAUCACCCACUGUCCCCUUCCCUCUUUCCAGAAAGUUCUCCCCUCUUCGGUGGGUGAUUGGAUUGGGAACAAGAGUCCCUCCCUGUCACAUUCCCUAUUGGCUAGCUGGCAUGUUUCUCAUGAGUUCAUUCCCUCCCAAGUUCUCCCUCACUGGUUGAUGUGUUGUAUGUUCCACCCCCUUUAUAAUCGGCUGUAACCCCACCUCGUGGUCUCGACUCGGCUAGCUCCCCUGGAGACAUCAAACUCUGGACUUUGCGCCCGAGAAGAGUCCCUCUUUUCUUACUUCGCCUUCCUGCUGAUCACUGCUGCCUCCUGCUGAGGCGCUCCCCGGACGCUCCCGGCGCAUCUGGGCCGUGUCCCCCCGGCUGUCAGCUGCUGUGCCUUCAGCUCGGCCGGUGCAGCCUCCUCCCCCGCCCGGGGGAGUAGAGAAAAAACUCGGACAGCAGCACGGCAAUCGGGGGCACACACAAGCACAUCAUCCAUGUAGUGUAGGAUGAUUGCCUCCCUCUUCUGGGCGUGCACUGGGGACAGCAAUGAAGGCACGUACCACUGACAGAUAGAUGGAGAGCAUUUCAUCCCCUGAGGUAAUACUCUCCAGUGGUAACGCUUCAUUGGGGCUUCUCGAUUGAUGGUAGGAACCGAGAAGGCAAACUGUGGGGCAUCCUCUGGCAUCCCCCCCUUUCAUAGGGGAAUAUGAAAGAAACAAUCCUUGAUGUCCAGGACAGCCAAUUGCCAAUUCUGGGGAAGCAUGGUUGGAGAGGGCAUCCCUCAUUGGAGAGACCCCACAUCCUCAAUUACCUCAUUUAUUUCCCUUAAGUCAUAGAGGAGCCGCCACUUAUCCUUCCCUGGCUUUUUUAUCACAAAGACCGGAGAAUUCCAAGGGGUAGUUUUCUCUUCAAUAUGUCCUUUAGCUGAUUGUUCUUCAACAAGCUCCUUGAGCGCCUUCUCGUGCCGCAUCUCUUUCUCCUUCUGGCCGGCCCUGCUGCCAGCACGAUAUCACAUUCCAAGGCAGCACAGGCACUCUCUAUCUUUCUUGUGUGGGGGGGGGGGGGGGGGGCGGCGGUGCUUCUCAACCCUUCCAUCUUGCCAGGCCUUCACCCCCUCCUCUGCCCGAGGCUCCAGCCUACCUCACCCGGCCUCAUGGCUUCCCUCCCCCAGCCAGCCCUGGCUGGGCAGGGGAGCUCUGAGCUCCUUCACGGACUGGAACCAAGAAAGAGUUCUCCUGGGAGUUCUUGCUUUUACCCUGUGUUCUCAGAGGCGGUCCAGACCUUCAGUGGCCAAACCAGGUGCCAAUAUUCAAAUCCAAGCACUGAUUGGUUUGACCACAACCUCCCAAAAAACUCACUUCCUUCUUAACCUACAAGAUUUUGGGCUGAAGUUAACAGGCAAGAGGCACUGCUUUCUAUAGUAUCACAGAGCAGCCCAGGUUGGAAGAGACCUUGAAAAAUCAUCUUGUACAACCUUUCAUGGGCAAGGGAACCUGGAUGAGAUGCUAUCUCGAUAUCAUAAAUUGAAAACUUCCAGUCAUGGGGAUUCUACCACAUUCCUGGAGGCACUGUUCUGCAAAUGGUUGUUCUUGCUGUAAAGAACUUACUUGAUACUUCAUGUAUCAAGAUUAAACCUCCCCUUUUGCAACUUGAACCCACUGCCUCUUUCCUUCUCCAUGUGGUGUCUGGUGAAUAGGGAAUCUUUAUCCUCUUUGUAGCUGCCCUUUAAGUUCUGGAAACUGUGCUGAGGUUGUCCCUGAGCCUUCUCAGCUUUGUGGUCCUCCCUUGGAACCCCUCUGCUUUGUUUGUGUCUUUCUUGAAAACUCCUUUAUUGAGAUAGUGGGGUUGUCAAGAGUGAUGAUGUGAGACAUUGCUCUACCCAGCUCUCUUGUACUGCCAUUGGCAUUUGCCUCUUUAGAUACAGUAUUUCACAUUUAUUCAGGGAUCUGUUCUGGAAAAAAAGGCAAAAUAAGGUUCUGUAAGUCUAGUUUAAUUAAAAUCAGGAAAAGCCCCACCCAAUUUAUAGAUCCGUCACCUGAGCAAAUAAGAUGCAAAAUAAAAGAUAGAAUUGAAAAGUGAGAGGGGGUUGGAAAUUUAACUUGGGGUAGAAACCAAUUUUGGUUUUAGCUGAAAUCUGCUUGUUUAGUCUGUUAAAGCCUGUGCUUGCAAAAAGGCUGGCAGAGAGUAGGAAGGAGAUUCAAGGCUACUUAGAAAGGAAUGCAAGCAUUCAAGCUGAAGAGAGAUAAGAAGAGGCCGCACAGACCAAAACCUGAAUCUGGGUUACUUGGCUGAAUAACUGCGCAGGCUCGUAAAAAAUGAUAAGACAGUUUAAUACAUAUACAUAUGCCUAAAAUACAUAUGUAUUUUAGGCAUAUGCAACAGGUUAGGGGAUUGUGGAAACCCAGGGCACUGGGAAUAUUUCUCUGUCUGCUCUGGGGUGUCUUGACCCCCAGGGGAGCUCUGACUUUGACCCUCAUUCAUGGAGAAAGUUUCCUACACUUCGUGGUAGACUAUAAUCCACAAAAGUGUGAAAUAGAUUAUAGAGUGUAGUAUAAGUGCGUCUCUUGGUAAGAAAUUUAGGUUUUGGGUUUUUUAGUAUGGAUGGGAGCAAGAUGGAGGGCACAGGGUGUUGUCCUGGUUUCUUCAUUCUUUUUCUUUCUUCUUCUUCAUGGGUUUGGGUGGCAUUUUGCAAUUUGGCAGAAAAAUCUUGAGCAUUGCAGGCUCUUUGGGAUCAGUUAUUGGGUUAUAAGGGAAAAUAAUCUAGGUAUCAGUUGUUAAUUGGAUAGUUUAGUCUUAAAAGACCUUGUAACAAGAGAUUGUUAGCCAUUUUGUGCCUUCUAAUGAAAAGCUGCUGAACUCACAGUUGUGAGACUGUUUUACUGAGAAAUAAUAAACACCUGAGUCUGAACAUGAACUACCAUCUCAAGUGCCUUCAAUCCAGACCCAGAGAAACCGAUAGGGGAUAAAGUAGACUCAGGAAUUUUCAGGGGUGCACAUGUCCUUGGGGAGCAUAUGUCCAGGGCUGAAAUAAAUCAUACAGGUUUUACAACUUCUACAAGUUCUGGAGUUUUAUUCUGCAAAUGAAAAGAAUGAAAUAUUCAAAGAUUUUUUUGUUUCACUCUUCUAAAACUGGUUGGUUCUGCUUGGACAUAAGUGGAUAUGCAGAGUGUUGUAAAGAAAUAGGAAUGCUAGAAGUAAUACUUAGAAUAUUUAGAAAAUAAAUGAAUGAAUUCAAAAGCAGAGCAGCAGAAAGUCCUGGGACAAGGCAUCUUUGAACAACUAUAAGUUAUCUAUAAGCAACCAGAAAGGUUCCAGUUUCCUGGAGGAGAACAUACAUAAUAGCAGUGUUUAAAAACUUGUGAAGGAUGAAUCAAAACAGAAUAGUCACCUUAAUUUGAUACAUAGAAAUGUAGUAGCAAAAAUGACAAAACAACUGACCAUGGAACGUUUUGAAGAAAAUGAAAUAGUAAAUAUAAAUAUUUUUAAAUAAGUUGGUGAUCCUCUUUAAUGUUACUUAACCCUUAAAUGAGCCACUGACAGAAAAUACAAGAGGUGAGGAUUGGGGAGGGCCUGUGACUAAAGAGACAGAAAUUUAUGAGGAGAUAGCAAUAUAUAAACAUUGGUUAUAGAAAUGAAAGUACUGAAAGUAGACUUAGAAAUUCAUACAAUAGCAAUAAAAGGCAUUUAGAAGCACUGUCAGCAGCAGCAAUAGUUUCAUGAAUAUCCACUUGUUUACAUGGAUAUGAUGAACGUGUGUUGUGGUGCACUAGUUUAUUUAGCUGUUCUUUUGCACUGGGUGAUGAGGAAUUUGCACAGAAUAGUUUUAUAUUGCACUGUAUAGCUUAUGUUAUAUCACAUGGUUUGUUAUCCCUUUUUGCUCAGCACAUGAUCUUUCCCUCACACACCCCAGUGGCCCCUGGUGGUCUCUUCCUGAGUGAAGAAGGUCCUCCCCUCGCCACUCCUCACUGGUAUCCCAUUGGCUGUAGACCUCUUCCUCUGUCCACAUUCCCCGGGGUAUAAAAUUUCCCUGCCACCAGGGAACUCUUUCUCCCAUGGGUUUGUCCACCUGGUGUGUCUCUUGGAAUAAAGGAGAAUGUUUCACAUGUGGAGAAAAGCGCUUCUCAGUCUUUUGCCUUCAUCUAUGAAAUAUUGUGUGGGUAAGGGUCUACAGCUAGCUGGAGUGGACCCCAACAGCCCGGCAGAAAACACGGUAUUUCAAACUUGGUUGCAAUAGUAUGCUUAUGGUCACACUGCAUAUACUGGUUGACAGCAAAAUUGGGAGGGCAAUUAAAGCAAUCUCUUUUAGUGGUGAAUCCUGAUCAUAUUCAGUUUUGUUUUAACACUGGUGGGCAGACUAAUAUCAUGCAUUAUAAAUGACUGGCUUUUAAGCCUGAGGAUCAGAAGAAAGGGCUGAAAGUAACAAGAAAAAUGGCAAAACAAUUUGAAACAUAACAUAUUGAGAAGAUUAGGGAACACAAAGUUUAGUAAAGGUAAGUGUAGAACUCUGUAUUUAGAAAAGGGAAACCAAGGGAACAGGUACUUGACGACAGUAAAUCUGUCAGGCAUAAAAACAGCUGCCAUAAGAACACCUGAGGAUUCACACUUAGCAAGGAUUAACACGAUGACAGUGCAAGAAAAAAAGGUUCAGAUCUUAUUCUGGUCUUGCUAAUCUGAUUGAAAAUCAGAGCAUGACCUGAUUCUGCAGUUUUAUCCUCUCCUAUGUCAUCCCAAAGUUCCUUUGUGCCCUUAACAAUCUCACUCUGAAGGACAGAGCUGUUCAGAGCAGUAACACCUCGUACUUUUGCUCCAUUUGAGAUACCCUGUGGGCCCUUGCAUUCAGUGGGGUAAGGAGGUGGAAGAAGGGAGGACGGAAAAGGCAAGCUGCUAUGUCAAAAAUGAAUGUAGGCAAGGAAACUUGAUGGAUGAGUGACCUUUUGAGGGAGUGAAAAGCGAGCAGAGAUGCAGGUAGUGAGUGUGAGAAUCAAUUCAGAAAAAUUUGGGAAUCUGUUUUGAAGGUAACACGUAAUUGACACAAUAGCAGUUGCUCUCAAAAUUUAUUACUUCUAGGUUCUUACCAAUUGUCAAAAAAAAAAAUAGAAAAAGUAUCUUUCUUUUUGGUCUUGUCUCUUUUGUUUCCUAUGAUGUCUAAAAAGAGAAAUUUCCACUGAAAAUUAUGUUUAUAUUGCAUUUUUGUCUGUUUCUUCUAAAGAGAAUGAACAAACCAGAAAAAAUUAUAUUAACCCAUCUUCCAUCUCAUGUGCUUUCCUCAGUUCAUUUCCAAAUCAAUAAUUAUUUCAGGAAAUAUCCUUUACAGGUGUUUAUUUGGUUUAAUUCAACAUUUUUAUAUGUUGAAUAUAUUUUUAUAUAGUUGUUGCCCCAAUAGUUCCUGUUCCUAGUAUUAGUUGUAGCAAAGGCCAUAGGUCUCUCUUGUCAGUCUUCAUGGAGUUCUGUAAUGUCAAAAGGUUUUAACAGAGUACAGAGUUAAUCAAUGACUUGCACCUUCACCCUGGGUUGAACGCCCUGUCCUAUUUACUCAUAUGUUGCAUAAAGUUUUUCUGCAUUGUGGAAAGACAGCCUGUAUCUCUUUGGGUAGAUUUACACAGGGAUACAGACAUGACUAGAAACAGUGAAAGAAUCAUUGAAAUGGUGGACAAAUGUUUUUCAGAGGAUGACAGGAUGGCCGCAGAAGACAUGCUGUUUUCCUACAGAGGUAUUUUAUACCCAGUUACAAUUAGCAGCCUGCAGACUUUGGAAGCUCUGAAAUCAUUUGAAGCCAGGAGUGAUGAUUUGAUUCUGGUAGGUUAUCCUAAAUCAGGAACCAAUUGGCUUGAACAAAUGGUGAAGGAGUUGGCAGAUGCCAAAUAUACAGAAGAGGAAAGGAAAGAGAGAAUAAAUGCUGAAAAGAAGCUAGAGACAUUUCAGCAUCUAGAAUUUGGGGAUCCUGGGAUAAAUGAGAGGAUGAAGAAGCUUCCUUACAGAAGAAUUAUAGUAACCCAUCUGAGACCUGAUGUCCUGCCUUCAUCCAUUCUCCAAAGCAAGGCUAAGAUCCUUGUGCUAGUUCAGAACCCCAAGGACAUGGUUGUCUCCUAUUACCAAUUCUGCAACAAACUACCAGUGAUGCCAUCCUUCACCUCCUGGGAUGAGUACUUUGCAGACUUAAUGAAUGGAAAAUUGGCCUGGGGAUCCUACUUUGACCACCUAGUGGAAUGGAACAAAUACAUUGACAACGAGAGGAUCAUGACAAUAAGCUACGAGGAAGUCAAAGAGGGCCCAGUACUGGGGAUGAAAAAGAUUGCUUCCUUAUUUGGAUUUUCCCUGUGUGAGGAAGAUUUUUCCAGAAUUGCCAAGACCAGUUUCAAAUCUAUGAAAGAGAAAUCCAGUGAAACCCAUGGAAAGUUUGGGGACAUACUCUUCCAGAAAGGGGUUAUUGGAAACUGAAGAGACAUCUUCUCUAAAGCUCAGAAUGAAGAAAUGGACCGGAAAUUUCAAAAUUCCUUAGGAGGAACAAAGAUGGCAGCAAAGAUAAAAUAUGAUGUGUACUGCAAGGCCUGAAAAUAAGCAGAUGAAUAGCAUAACAGUAAGUCAUGUUCCAAAGGUGAUUCUCCAAAGGCGGAUAGUCACCAUUUUUCCUUCCUAUGAGAGAAGAGAGAAACCCCUCAGAGAACUACCUGGUACCUCCAAGAAUUUGGUAGGUAAUUCUUAGAUGUGUCUGGGGUCUAGACCUUGUGCUUUGAUUGAUGUAACCAAAUAAAAUGUGUGUAUACCUCAAGUGAAUGCCUGGCAUCCUUUCAGAACGGAGAUGGUGAACAGACAUCAUGACACCAGUCUGGUGGCAUCCCUGUCUCUGCUUCUUGGCCUGAAAUGAUGAAUGAGGCCCCUGCAGGUCUUGUUGGUGAGAGAGAGGGAUCAACACAGAGCCUCUCCUCUGGCACAGAGUGGACUUGACAUGGAUAUAUGGUGUGGGUCUGAACUACCAAAUGUCUGUAGAAUAGGUAGAAUGUGUUAGUCUAGGUUUAGAUCCAUCAUAGCUGCCACGGUGUUGGCAGGUCAGAGAGGCCUUUAACACUUCGGCAAACUUCACACAUUGGUAUGGCAAAGGGUGGAACUUCUCAAGCUCAAAGAGCCAUGAACUCUUAAGUGACAAACAGCUAUGUGCUUUUUGGAGGGUUUUGCUCCUGUUGGACCCUCUGGGAAAUGGCAAGUAGGAAG